CCCCCCCCACAGCAACUUCAAAGGUCACCUGCUCUCCUACCUGCUUUCUUACCUGCUAUUCUACCUGCUCUCUCAGCCUCACCUGGUCUCUGAGGCCACACUGAUUCUCUCGCUGAGCCGAACGCUGAGGCGUCCUGAUCGAUUUUCUCCCGCGGCCGACAGACACACCACCAGAGAGGAGGGGAGUGGUGAGGGGGCGGAGCUACAAUGGAUAGGGACCGCUGGAAGCACAGAGGAGGCGGAACCAUGAUGGACAGGGAGCGUUCAGGGGGUGGAGCUAUGAUAGACAGGGAACGAGGAGGGGGCGGAGCUAUGAUGGACAGAGAGCCCGGAGGGGGUGGAACGUCAAUGGAUGGCGGGGAGUUUGAACAGGGCAGGAUUCGCGAGCUGCAGGAGCAGAGAAUGGCGGUGCAGAAGAAGACCUACACCAAGUGGAUGAACAGCGUCUUCGCAAAAAACGGGGAGAGGGUGGAGCUGACGGAUGUGUACUCAGAGCUGAAGAGUGGGCUGCACCUGGUGCGGUUGCUGGAGCUGAUUUCCAGGGAGACGCUGCCGACCCCGAGCCGCCGCUCACUGCGCGUUCACUGCCUGGAGAACAACAGCAUCGCCAUCGGCUUCCUCAAGACCAAGAUCCGAGUGGAUCUGAUUGGCCCAGAGAACGUUGUGGACGGAGACAGGACCCUGAUCCUGGGCCUUCUGUGGAUCAUCAUCUUGCGCUUCCAGAUCGGCUCUAUCAACCUGGAGGAGGCAGAUGGGGGUGCUAGUGCAGCGCGGCGCUCUGCUAAAGAAGCUCUGCUGAUCUGGUGCCAGCGGAAGACGGCAGGGUACUCUAGUGUGGACGUGCAGGACUUCUCCAGCAGCUGGAGGGAUGGCCUGGCGUUCAACGCACUCAUCCACGCCCACCGGCCGGACCUGUUUGAUUACGGGCGCCUCCAGCAGGGGGAGCCCCUGCGGAACCUGGAGCACGCCUUCGGGGUGGCGGAGAGGGAGCUGGGGAUCAUGCGGCUGCUGGACAUCGAGGACGUGGCCGUCCCCCACCCCGACGAGAAGUCCAUCAUGACCUACGUGUCCCUGUACUACCACUACUUCUCCCGCGCCAAGCAGGGCCACACCCUGCAGAAGAGGAUCGCCAAGAUCCUGGUGAUGGUGAAGGAGACGGAGGACCUGAGGGAGCUGUACGAGAAGAUGGUGUCGGACCUGCUGCGCUGGAUCAAGGCCAAGGUGGUGGAGCUGAACGACCGGCUCUUCCCCAACUCCCUGCAGGAGAUGCAGCGGCUGGUGGCGGCCUUCAAGGCCUACCGCACCGUGGAGAAGCCGCCCAAGUACCAGGACCGCGGCGCCAUCGAGGCGCACCUGUUCGCCCUGCGCACCAAACUGCGCGCCAACAACCGGCACGCCUACGUGCCGCCGGAGGGCCGCUCGCCGGCCGACGUGGAGCGGCACUGGGCGGCGCUGGAGCGGGCGGAGCACGGGCGCGAGCGCGCCCUGCAGGGGGCGCUGCUGAGGCUGGAGGGGCUGGAGCGGCUGGCGCAGAGGUUCGGGCGCAAGGCGACGCUGCGGGAGGCCUACCUGCAGGAGACGGCGCGGCUGCUGCGCGGGCAGGACGUGCGCUCGGCGCGGGACCUGAGCGCCGCGCUGGCCGCCGACCGUCGCCUGCAGGCCCUGGCCGCCGACGUGCACGCCCGCCAGCCGCGCUUCCACGCCCUCCGCGACAUGGCCGCCGUCAUCGACCGCGAGGACUACCACAGCAAGGCGCAGGUCAUCCGCAGGCAGGAGAACAUCACGCAGCACUGGAAGGACCUCCUCCUGCAGCUGCAGAACCAGGGCCAGGCAAUAGGGGGCGUCGUCAACACGCUCGGUGUGCUCAGAGACGUUGAGCUGCUGUCCCAGGACCUGGAGGAGCUGCAGGUGUUGGUAGGCUCUAAGGAUCAUGGGAAGCAGCUGCAGGAUGUGGAGUCUCUGCUGCAGAAGCAGGAGCUGGUGGAGGCGCAGAUCUCCUCACAGGGAGACACUCUGAGCUCCAUCAGCACCAGGGCUCUAACGGGUCCACACAGCGACCCCCAGCAGGUCCAGACUCGGGUCCGAGCCCUCAAUGCCCAGUACAGCUCCCUCCUGCUGCAGAGCAAAAACAGGAGGCAGGACCUGCAGGAGCAGCUGAAGCUCUUUGAGUUCUUCCGGGACUGUGAGGAGACGGAGGCCUGGAUCUAUGAGACCUGGCAGCUGGUGCGCACGGCUGGCCUGGGCCGCGACCUCAGCCAGAUACUACUCGCUAUUCAGAGACACAAGGCUCUGGAGGCAGAGAUGCAAUCCCAUGAGCCUUUGUGCUUAGGGGUGGUGAGCAGGGGUCAUGACCUCUGCAGCCGGAAACACCCCAAUGAGAAGGAGAUCCGCAAGUGGGCGUCGACCCUGCAGAGGCAGUGGCGGCACCUGAAGGACGAAGUGGACAAUCGGAAGACCCGGCUGCAGACUGGCAGCAUCAUCAAACAGUACUUUGCAGAUGCGAUGGAGGCGGAGUCCUGGCUCAGUGACCGCAGGCCCCUGCUCAGCAGUGAGGAUCAUGGGAAGGAUGAGUCGAGUGCCGACGCCCUGCUGCAGCGCCACCUGCGGCUGGAGAAGGAGCUCGCUGCGUACGCCUCUGAGCUGCUGCGCCUGGGAGAGCAGGCCAAGAGCGCCACCCAGCAGGCCCCUCUCACAGCUGAACCGCAGGAGAACACAAAAGACCGAGGCAGCGCCUCCUCUGGAGAGGAGGAGGAGGUGGGGAAGGAGAGAAUUUGGGUGCCGACACAGAGAACGACGCGUCCGCCCCGCCCGUUGCCCCAGACUCAGGCGCCUGUCGCUGUCCAGCAGGCCAAAAUUCGAUUCAGAUACAAAGGCGAGAAGGUGACCCUGGACCGUGGGGAAAUGGUGGAUAUUCUCAGUAAGAGUGGAGAUAAGUGGCUGGUGAAGGACAACAAAGGAAACCAGCAGCUGGUGCCUCCCACCUACAUCACAGAGCUACUGCCCAAGGUGGAGCCUCCAUUUCAGCCAGCGCUGAAUAACGGAACCCUGGAGACCCCCGCCCAGGUGGGCCCCGGCCAGGUGAGCCCCGCCCAGGUGAGCCGGCCCCGCCGCAGUCGCUCUAUGCGUCGCGGCACCACGGAGAUCCAGUCCAGCAUGCUGCCCGACCCGCAGUACCAGCAGGACACCAUCACAACCACACAGCAUAGCCUGGACAGAGACUUCAGCAGCCUACAGAGCCUGGCACAGUCUCGGAGGAGAGCUCUGGAGGAGGCGGUGAGGUUGUACCGUUUCUAUAACACCUGCCAGGAGUUUGAGUCCUGGAUGGGAGACAAAGAGAGCGUGCUGAAGGCCUUCAGCCCCAACGCUGAGAAUGUGGAGGUGAUGCAGGCCAAAUACGAGAGCUUCCUGACGGAGCUGGCCAGUGGGAGGGGCCAGCUGGAUAACAUCAGUCAGCUGGGGGAGGAGCUACAGAAGAGUGGACACAGCAAGCAGAGAGAGAUCCAGACCAGACAGGAACAGGUCAUCCGCAGGUGGGAGCGCAUGCAGGUGUUGCGGGAUGCGAAGGCGGAGGAGCUGCUGGGCACGGCGGACGUUCGCUCCUUCCUGCAGGACUGCCAGGACGCGCGGGCACAGCUGCAGGAGAAGCUGACGCAGCUGGGCGGGGCCGGGGUGGGCGGGGCCGGGGUGAGCGUGACCCAAACUGGCCUACAGGCCGAGGAGCGGGAGCUGGGCCUGGCCCAGCGGGAGAUCCAGGCACUGGAGCGCAAGAUCGAGUACCUGAGGAGCAUCGCCAAAAUGAAGCAGGGGCGGAGCCCAGCAGAGGCCGUGGCCAUCAUGGAGGAGGUGCGAGGGCUGGAGCAGCUCCUGCAGCGGGUGCGAAAGGGGGCGGAGCAGAGACAGGCGGGGCUGCAGGACGCCCAGCAACGGCACCUGUUCCUGCAGGAGACCCGGGACCUGCUUCUGUGGGCGGAGUCUGUACGGGCGCGGCUGCAGGGGGAGGAGACUGCCUCAGACGUGGGCUCCGCCCAGAACCUGCUGAAGGAGAAUCAGGACCUCCGGCGGGAGAUCGAGGAGCAGAGAGACAGGGUGAAGAGCAUGGAGAAGCUGGGGCAGUCGCUGGGUGGCUCGUUGCUUAGCAACAGAGGUGAGGUACAGCAGACGCUGCGCAAGCUGGGCCAGGAGUGGGCGGAGCUCGAUAAGCUGUGGGCCAAUCAGAAACAUCGGCUGGAGGAAGGGCUGGAGCUGCAGAAGUUUAUCCGGGAAGCAGACCGGAUUGAGAUGGCCCUGUCCAGCCAAGAGGACCGGCUGAGACUCACCGACCUGGGGGACUCGGUGGACAGCGUGCAUGGCCUGCUGGGAAGGCAGGAAGCGCAGGAGGACUUACUGAACGCGUUGGACUUGCGCGUCGGCCUGCUGCAGGAGAGGAGUGCGAAGCUCACACAACAGCGACACACGGCCUCCAAACAGAUCCAGCAGAAGGCGAUAUCUGUCCAAGAGCACACCAGGAGACUGAAAGAGAGCAGCCAGGCUCGGAGAGCACAGCUUCUGGCAUCUAAGAAAUACCAGGAGUUUCACCGGGAUGUGGAGGAGAUUGUCCUAUGGAUGGAGGAGAAGUUUAAGAUCGCAGAGGACGAGUCAUACCGCGACCCCACCAACAUUCUGCGCAAACUCAAACGGCAUGAGGCUGCAGAGAAGGAAAUGCUGGCCAAUCACGUGCGGCUCGACCAAAUUAAAGAGCUGGCGGAAGAGAUGCAGAGGGAGGGGCAUUACCAGCGCCGUGCUGUGAGGGAGGAGUCAGGGCGUGUGUGCAGCAUGUGGGCGGAGCUUCAGAGGAAGAUGGCGGAGAGAGGGGACAAACUGCGGCAGGCGGGACAGCAGGAGCAGCUGAUGGAGCUGCUGCAGGAUGCCAAGGUGAAUAUGGAGGCCAUUCAGAGGCUGCUGAGGGAUGCUGGGAAAGGUCAUGACCUGCAGUCCAGCCGGAAGCUCCUGAAGGACCACCAGCAGCUGGAGCAGGAGGCACGGGAACUUGCAGACAAGAUGAACGCCAUCGUCACACGAGCCAAACACAUGGCAACCAACCACUUUGACUCCCAGCGAAUCCUGCGGGACACGGAGAAGUACCUGAAGCUGUUUGAAUCCCUACAGCGCCCCCUGGAGCGGAGGAGGACCCAGCUGGAGGCAUCUGUAACUUUGUUUGAGUUCUUCCACGAUGUGGACCUGGAGCUGUCCUGGAUCUCUGAGCACUACCCGCUGGCCAGCUCUACAAACUACGGCCAGUCCCUGGCCAGCGCCCUCCACCUGCAGCAGAAACACAAGGAGCUGCAGGCAGAGGUCAGCGCCCACCGUCAGCAUCUGCAGCGGGUACUGGAGAAGGGGAGGAUCAUGGGAAACUCAGCACAGGGCCACGGGGAUGAAGUGCGACAGAGAUCCGCCCACCUGACAAUGGAGUGGGAGGGGCUAGAAGGGGCAUGUGAGGAUAGGGCCACCCUCCUCAACAGGGCAGUCACUCGUGAGCAGACCUUACUGGAUGGAGCAGAGCUGGAGGCUCGGCUGUCAGACUUGCUACCAUUGGCCAGCAGUGAGGACUACGGCAGGAAUGAACCAACCACCACCAGCCUCAUUAAGAAACAGCAGGUACUGGAAGAGCAGGUGGAGGCGGUGGCAGUGCAGGUGGAGGAGUUGGGGUGCAAUGUGGAGCAUGCAGCUGGGGUGUGUGGCAGAGAUGAGGUGGACUGGCCCUACAGUCACAUCAACAACCAGUUCAGCAAACUGCAGCACCUAACCUUGCUCAGGUCCCAAAGGCUGAAGGAGUCUCUACGGCUGCAUGAAUUCAGCCGAGAAUCCACGGAGCUGCAGGACUGGAUUUCCCAGCAGGCCCUGGUGGCUGCCGCAAAGGAUUAUGGGACGGACCUUGAACACGUGAUGGCCCUGCAGGGGAAGUUUGAAGUGUUCCUCAGGCAACUGGAAGUGGGCGUGGAUAGAAUGCACAGCUGCCAGGAGCUGGCCGACGCCCUCAUCCUGCAUGGACACGCCCAGACACGCCUCAUCCAGGAAAAGAUGGACCACCUCAGGACGUCCUGGGAGGAGCUGCAGGACCUGGCCGCAGAUCGGCAGGACCGGCUGCAGAAAGCCGUGAAGUACCACGGGUUCCACAGAGACCUGACCGAAGCGCUAGCUCUCAUUGAGGAGCGAUACAAGGCCAUUCCCGAUGACAUCGCUAAGGACCUGCGGGGGGUGAUGUCUCAGCUGCGCAAGCACGAAGCUUCGGAGCAUGAGCUAGCCGGAAAUGAGCAGCAGCUGCAGGAGCUGUUAGACGCUGCAGAUGCUGUGUUGGAGCUCUGCUCCUCGGAGCAGAAGGCAAUACUGCAGGACUGCCAGCAGAGGGUAGUAGAGAGCUGGGAGAGACUGCGCACCUGUGUGGAGCAGAGAGGAGACCACCUGGAGUGCAUACGCCGCCGCUACCUCUUCUUCAACACGGUUCAGGAGUACUGCCUAUGGAGCUCGCAGACGCUGAGCGGGAUUCGGGUGGAGGAGUCGAUCCGGGACCUGAGCACCAGCAGCCUGCAGCUGGCCCAACACCAGCAGCUGCAGGCAGAGAUCUCUGCCCGGGAGGAGGCGUACGAACAGGCCGUACACCUGGGACAGGACCUGCUGCAGGAGGACCCCCACAACAAGGAGGUACAGGACAGGUUGACCACGCUUGAGGAGGAGAGAACUGCGCUCUACACUCACUGGAAGCAGAAGCAGGAGUGGCUGCAGGUGACACACCUGGAGCAGCUGUUCUACAGAGAUGCCAACCACAUGGAGAAGAUAACCAACUCCCAGGAGAUUCUCCUGAGGGGCAGUGAUCUGGGCUCCUCGGUGGAUGAAACAGACAUGCUUAUUAAGAGACACGAGGCCUUUGAGAAGCUGCUCAACUCACAGGAAGACAAGGUGGCGUCGUUGCAGGAGCAGGUGGAGCGCCUGGGGAAGCAGGGUUUGAGCAGGGAGAGGAUGGGGCAUGUCCAGAGCAAACUGCGCCUCCUGCUGGAGAGGAGGAGUUGCAUCAAACAGCUGUCCUCCAAACGCAGGGACGAGCUCGCCACCUCCUGCCUGCUGUGCGUCUUCAACCGCAAUGCUACCGAGGUGGAGGAGUGGAUCUCGGAGCGGAUGCAGAAGCUGCAGGAGGACUGUAAGCGAGACCUGAGUGACCUGAAGAUGAAGAUGAAGCUCCUUCAGAAGCACCAGGUGUUCGAGGCCGAGAUCCUGGCGCACCAUGAGAUCAUCAGCGCCGUACAGCAGGCGGGGGUGGAGCUUGUGUCACUGCGACACCCCAAGUCGCCGGAGGUGCGCAGGAGGGCAGCGGCUCUGACUGACCACUGGGAGGCGCUGAAGCGGGCGGUGUCUGCCAGAGGAAGGCUCCUGGAGGACAGCAGGGACUUCCUGGAGUUCCUGCAGAAGGUGGAGCAGGUGGAGGUGUGGAUCCGGCAGAAGGAAGUGAUGAUAAACGUGGGGGACAUGGGGGAAGACUACGAACACGGCCAGCAGCUGCUCAGGAGGCUCAACGAGUUCCGGGGUGCAGGAUCUGGGGAAGUGACUGUGGAUGACGCCCACAUAAAAGCCAUCAACAACAUGGCUGCCCGUUUGGAGAGGCAGAACAGGGAGGAAGUGGCUACUGUCAAGCAGAGAAGACAGCAGCUCAAUGACAGAUGGAGCAGUUUCCAUGGCAACCUGAGCAGCUACAAGAAGAAGCUGGAGGCGGCUCUGGGGAUCCACUCUCUGAUCCGCGACCUGGAGGAGAUCCGCGAGAGGACCGGCGAAAAGAUGCUGCUGAUGCGUGGGCUGGACUAUGGGCAGGACCUGGAGGCUGUGGAGAAUCUGAUUCGUCGACAUGAGGAGACAGAGCGUGAGGUCCGGGUCAUCCAGGAGAGGGCAAAGGCACUGGAGAAGGAGGCCAGGGUACGAGGUAGGGGCCAAUCAGAAAUGGCGGACAAGCUGAACAAGAAGCAGCAGGAAGUGAAAGCAGCUCUGGUGACGCUGGAGCAGGAAGUGAAUCUCAGGAAGGAGAAACUCCAGGCUGCCCAUCAGCUGCAGCUGUUUAAAGCUGACCAGCGCCCCCUGCUGGACUGGGUCCUGCAGCAAAGCUCUCAGAUGGAGCAGAGAGGUCUUCCUAAGAGCAAGAGCGAAGCAGAGACCUUCAUCUCUGAGCACCAGGACAGAAAGGCAGAGAUUGAUGCUCGAGGGGAGCGGUUUGAUUCGGUGAGGAGCUUUGGGCGGAGUCUGAUGAAGGCGGAGCACAGCGUCACCCCAGAGAUCCAGAAAGCAUUGGCCCACCUGGAUGAGGCCAAAACAGACCUGGACCGGAUCUGGCAGGAGCGCCAACUGAGUCUGGAGCAGGCUCUGGAGCUACAGGUGUUCCUGGGCUAUGUGGAGCUGAGUGAGAGAUGGUUGAACAGUCAGGAAGUUUUUCUCUCUGAUGAAGACCUGGGGAACUCUUUGGUGGAGGUGGAGGCUCUACAGAGGAAGCAGGUGCUGUUUGAGAAGACUCUGGAGGCACAGAUGGAGCAGGUGGAGGGGGUGGAGCGGUUUGCCCAGCAGCUGAUCCAGAAACGCCACUUUGACUCAGAAACCAUCCAGAGCAAGAGCAAGGCAGUACUGCUCAGGAAGAAGCAGCUGACGAAGAAGAGUGAAGCUCGAAGGAAGAAGCUGGAGGAGUCUCUGCAGCUUCAGAAGUUCCUGGGCAGGAGCCAUGAGGUGUGUUCCUGGCUGAGUGAGAGGAACACUGUGGCCCUGGAUGAGAGCUGGAGGGAUCCCUCAAACCUGCAGGCUAAGCUGCUGAAGCACCAGAGCUUCGAAGCCCAGAUCCUGGCCAACCGCAACCGAGUGGAGACCCUCACCAAGGAAGGAGAGAAGAUGCUGUCCGCUGGCCACUUUGCGUCAGACAGAAUCAGGGCUCGGCAGGAGGAGGUGAAGCUCACCUGGGAACAGCUGCUCAACAACUGCAAGGAGAAGAAGACCCGCCUGCAGCAGGCCUACCAGGCUCUGCAGUUCCAGCGCUCGCUGGAGGACAUUGAGGAAUGGCUGGUUUCCGUGGAGACUGAGUUGGGCAGCGAGGACUGCGGGGCGGACCUGCCCUCUGUCGGGCGGAGGCUGAAGGAGCUGCAGGACGUGGAGGAGCAGGUGGAGGGGCACCUGGACCGCAUCCAGGGGCUGGUGGACUCCGCCCGUGACUUCCGCAGCCAGGGCAACUUCCUGGCCGAGGAGAUACAGCGGAGGGUCGGAGAGACUGUGCACAGGUAUAACAGCCUGGCGGAGCCCCUGCAGGUGCGGCGGGAGGCUCUGGAGGCCAGGCAGCUGCUGUUCCAGUUUUACCGCGACCUGGAGGACGAGCUGCGGUGGAUCGGAGACAAGCUCCCCGCCGCCGCCUCCAGGGACUGGGGCUCCUCCCUGCAGGGCACGCAGGCCCUGCUCAAAAAGCACCAGGCUCUCGUGGAGGAACUCGGCAGUCGCAUUCCGCUGCUGCAGGCGGUGCAGGAGGCCGGGCAAAGCCUGGUGAAGGGCGGCCAUUUUGGCUCCAGGGAGAUCAGCGAGAGGCUGGGUGAGCUGCGGAAGCUGUCGGACGCGCUGAGGAAGGAGGCGGAGACUCGAGGUCGGCUGCUGCAGGAGGCCCUCACCAUACAGACCUUCCUGGCAGAGGUGUCUGAGCUGGAGUUAUGGAUGGAGGAGCAUAGGCCUGUCCUGGAGUCGGUGGAUUUUGGAAAGAAUGAGGAGGGAACUCAGGCACUCCUGCGGAAUCUGGACACCGUGGAUCUGGACCUGGAGAGCCACCGUCCCAAAGUGGAGUCCCUCCAGGAGGUGGGGUCCCGGCUGGAACGAGCUGGACAUCCCAACAGUGCUCUGGUCAGGGAUGCUCUGGUGGCUGUUCUGGAUCAGUACCACACCCUGCUGCAGCUGUCUGUGGACCGAAGAGCCGCCCUGCUGGAGCGCUUCCAGCUCUACGUGUUUGAGCGGGAGGCCCGCGAACUCCACACCUGGAUCAGCGCUCGCAAAACCCUGGCAGAGUCCCAGGAGUACGGACAGGACCUGGAGGAUGUGGAGGUGCUGCAGAAGAAGUUUGAGGACUUCCGCUCUGAGGUGCAGGGGCUGGGCCACAGCAAAGUCAGCUCCGUCCUGCAGCUGGCACAGGAAGUGAGGUCAGCAGAGAGCCGGCGACAGGAGGCGGAGCUCCACAAAAUGUGGGAGGAGCUACAGCAGGCCAUGGAGAGGAGAGCUGAGAGCCUGUGGUCGGCGCGGGAGGUGCACCAGUUUGAUCACGACGUGGACGAGCUGAAGAGCUGGAUGGGGGAGAAGGAGGCAGCGCUGGACUCCGAGGACCACGGGCAUGACCUGCUGAGCGUGCAGGCGUUACUACGGCAACACCAGGGCCUGGAGAGAGAUCUAGCUGCCAUCGAGGAGGAGCUGUGCAGGACGCGGGAGGAGGGGAGGGCUCUGAGCCGCAGGUACACCCAGGUGCGGCAGAGCCUAGCGGAGAGGAUGGAGGAGGUGGAGGAGGGGUGGAGCACCCUGCAGAGGAAGGCGGGGCAGCGCAGCGACAGGCUGAACCAGGCAGAGACCGCUCAGGCCUACCUCACCGACUCCCGAGAGCUAGUGGCAUGGCUAAAGGAGACCCUGUCCCUGGUCAGAGGGGAGGGGCUAGGAGGGGAGGGCGGGGACCUUGAGCAGCUCCUCAAACGCCAUGAAGAGUAUCGCCUCCAGAUUGACAGGCAGCUGGACAAAUCACAAGCUGUGAAAGAGGAAGGCCGCCGCCUGGUAGAAGGAGGGAACUUCAUGAGUCCAGAGGUGGAGGACCGGCUGGUGGAGCUGCAGGAACUGGAGGAGAGGGUGGAGCAGAGCUGGGAGGAGCAGAGGCUGCUGUAUCAGGAGGAGCUGGAGACCCUACAGCUGCAGAGGGACCUGGAGCAGGCUGAGCUCUGGCUCAGCACUCAGGAGGCUGCACUGCGCUCCCAGGAGUACGGGGACUGUGUUCAGGAUGUUCAAGAGCUGAUGAAGAGGCAGGAGGAUAUGGAGUCCACACUGCAGGCCCAAGAGGAAAGAUUCAAUGCCUUGCAGGAAAGGAAGACCCGGAGGGAGCAGAGGCUGCAGAAGCCGCAGGAUAAGGAGGGUGUGUCCCAAGACCGGCCUGCCAGGGUGCCCUCCCUGAAGAGGAAGCCAUCUGACCUCCGACCCCUGCCUACACCACGUGGCCCCGCCCACAAACCCCCCGCCCUCUCCCUGGGCCACAGCGGCCACCGCCGGACCAACAGCGGCGGCAGUGACAUCAUCAUCUCCCCCCUCCGCCGCUCCAUGAGAUCCUCCAGUGCAAAAAGCCCCGCCCCCAACUCCUCCUCCAUCUAUACAAGCCCCGCCCCCAACCACUCCCCCAUCUCUAAGAGCCCCGGCCCCAACCCCUCCCCUAUCUAUAAGAGCAUCGUCCCCAACUCCUCCCCCAUCUCUAAAAGCCCCGCCCCCAACUCCCCUCUCUAA